UUGUAAGCUUGUUCUAUCAUUGCCUAUCAAUUCGUGGCACAUGGUUAUAAAUCACUUGAGGAACAAAGAACAGUUGGUUAAAUUGGUUUUCUAAUGCCUCUGUGUUCUGAACUAGGUAGAAAAUACUAUACGAUGGAGGGUACGCCGGGAUAAAGAAGGAAAUAGAAUUAAAGAAAGCAAUGCUCGGAUAGUCAAGUGGUCAGACGGAAGCAUGUCUCUGCAUUUGGGCAGUGAAGUGUUCAAUGUCUACAGAGCCCCACUGCAGGGCAAUCACGACCACUUGUUUGUAAGAGAAGACACUGGUCUACAGGGACAAGCUGUCUUUAAAUUCAAACUUACCUUUAGACCUCACUCUACCGACAGUGCUACACAUAAGAAGAUGACCCUGUCACUUGCUAAAAGAAGUUCAAAGACACAGAAAAUUAGAAUCUUACCAAUGGCUAGUCGUGAUCCUGAAUGCCAGCGCACAGACAUGAUGAAGAAAGAAGAACGCUUGAGGGCUUCCACCCACCAGGAGUCUCAGACAAGCCAUCUUCGGGAGAAGCAGAACCAGCAGGGGCUGAGCGCCCCCGACCAGGACUCUGGGAGUGACGAGGAGGAGGAGGAAGGCGAGAACACCUUCAGCCUGGCUGCCAUCAAGAACUAUUACCAAGGGGAACCCCCAGAGGAACAAGCCAGAACCUAUUCCUCAGACAGUGAUGAGGGAUCAGAAGAAGAUAAGGCUCAAACAGUACGCAAAGCAAAGAAACUCACCAGUGACGAGGUGAGACCAAAUGUAUUCAUUUCCAGGGUUUUACCCUGGACCCAGGAGCCAACUCCUGGGAAUGAGCAGGAGUGCGGACAGAAGUCUGCAGCAUUCCGUGAGAUAAAUGCAGUAAUAGUAGGAGUGGCCCAGAGGAGGUUCCAAUACCUGUGCCCAGGUGGGCCUUGGAAGGCUGCACGGAGGAGGAGACCUCUGUUGCAUGUUGAAGAAUGAACAGAAGCUUGAAAGCACACAGGCCAGGGUGGGCCCCUCCAGGUAGAUGGAACGGCCUGUGAGGAAAGGCACAGGGCCCGAGACAGCAAGUCUCAG